AACUCUGACUAUGGAGCCAAAUACGCCUGUGUUCAUUGGAGACUCAGUUACUCUGACCUGUGAGGUUCAUCAGGCCACUGGAUGGGAGUUUAUUUUUGUUAAACCUUCAAACUCUGAAUACUAUGUAGCUACAGGAACUAAAACAACCAGAUCUGUGCAAUCAUCAGUCAAAGUAUCUGAUGGAGGAAAGUACAAGUGCAGAGCCGGGAGAGGAAACCCUCAGGUUUACACAGAAGACAGUGAACCAAUAACAGUGACAGUAAAUGUACGACCAACACCUCUGUUGUCUGUUGACCCUGAUAAACUUGUAUUUAGAGGAGAAACUGUCAAUCUCAAAUGUGUGAUCAGUGGAGGAGGAGUCAGCAGCUGGCAGUACAGCUGGUAUAAAGAUUCAAUCAUCCAGCAGAAUAAACUCCAGUAUUACACAAUCAGAUCUGUUGCUGAGUCUGACGCAGGUAAAUACACCUGUGAAGGAACAGAGACCAGUGGACCACGAUACUCACACAUCAGUAGUGCAGUUACACUGACAUUAUCAGGAUCAAAACCAAAACCUGAACUCACAUCAUAUACUAAAGGAUCUGUACUGACAGGUAACACAGUGACUCUGGAGUGUCACAUUGAUCAUUGGUCUACUGGAUGGAAGUUUUACUGGUACAAAAACACACAAAACACUCAGAAGACAACAACAGAAAUAAACUCUUACACAAUCGACAGAGUUAAAGUUUCAGAUGGAGGUCAGUACUGGUGUAGAGCUGGAAGAGGAAAACCAGACUAUUACACAGACUACAGUGAUGGACUGUGGAUAAAUGUUAAAGAGAGACCUAAACCUGUAGUAAGUGUUGCUCCUGACACACAGCUGUUCAGAGGAGAAACUGUUACUCUGAGAUGUGACAUACAGGAUACAGGAGACACUGAGUGGACAUACAGCUGGUUUAAGUGGACAUAUAACUGGCACCAAUGCAACACACAAGAGUGUAAAAUCAACGACAUUCAAUACUAUGACAGUGGUAAAUACACCUGUAGAGGAAAGAUACGUGAACAAAACACUGAGAUGAGUGAUGCUGUUACACUGACUGUAUCAUCAGAUAAACCACAGACAGUUUUAAGUGUUUCUCCACAGCAGUGGUUGACUGAAGGAGAUUCAGUGACUCUGAUGUGUGAGGUUAUAAAUUCAUCUACAGACUGGACAUUCAGCUGGUUCAAUGUACAGAAUGUUGAUUAUGAGCUGGUGUCAAACAGCAGUGGAGGAUCUAAAGGCAUCUACACAGUGAGUUCAGUGACUGUGAAGCACACAGGAGUUUAUAUGUGCAGAGCAGAGAGAGGAGAUCCAGUCUAUCACACAGAGUACAGUAACACACAAACACUGUGGAUCACUGGUGUUUCUCCUUCAGUCUCUCUGAUCAUCAGACCCAACAGAUCUCAACACUUCUCAUCUGAAUCUCUCUCUCUGAGCUGUGAGGAUCACAGUAACUCUGCUGGAUGGACAGUAAGAAGAUACACAGACAAACUGGAAUCUUGUUCAUCAUCAUACUGGAGAUCUACAGGAACAACAUCUACAUGUACAAUCAGAUCUCUCUACACAUCUGAUACUGGAGUGUACUGGUGUCAGUCUGAAUCUGGAGAGAAACUUCAUCCUGUUAAUAUCUCAGUACACAAUGUUUAUGUGAUUCUGGACAGUCCUGUUCAUCCUGUGACUGAAGGACAAAAUCUGACUCUACGCUGUUUAUAUCGAGAUAAAAACCCCUCUAACCUGAGAGCUGAAUUUUAUAAAGAUGGAUCAGUGGUGCAGAAUCAGACUACAGGAGACAUGAUGAUCAUCCCUACAGUCUCAAAGUCACAUGAGGGUUUCUACUACUGUAAACACCCAGAGAGAGGAGAGUCUCCAAAGAGCUGGAUCUCAGUCAGACGUAUCAUCUCUUCGAGUUCUCCAUCUCGUGGUCUUGUAGUUGGAGUGAGUGUUGGACUGAGCGUCAUGUUUUUGAUCAUUUUCUUGGUCCUCCUGUGGAUCUACAAAAACAGAAAAGGUAAAGUCUCUCAGUCUUCCUCAGCUGUCAGCCCACAGCAGGACAUCAGUCAGACAACAGAUCAGAUACAAAGUGAAGAUGGAUACACACCACUGAAGUCUGGAGAUGCUCAUGUUUAUGACACAGUGACUCAGGCCGGACUCAGUCAUGUCCUGUAUUCACAGGUCAGCUUUAAGAAAAAGAAACUCAAGAAGAAAGACAGUGUAAGUGAAACAGCUGAUAUCACCUAUGCUGACAUUGAACUGAAGCCCAAGAAAGAAGUGAAGACAAAAAAGAAAAAAGAUGUUGUUUCUGGAUCUGAUGAUGUGACUUAUGCUCAGAUUAAAUAAAAGACAAGAAAGAGGAUAAAAGACAGCAGUACAUUAACUAAUAGCCUAUUUGAUAUCAUCAGUACUUCAUGUGCUUCAAAGUAAAUGCUUGCAAAUAUUUGAUUCUGUAUAGCACCAGACUUUGUGUUAUUAUCAGUUGUUGUAAUGAUUUAGGACUAUGACAUAUGAGGGUUCAAUUCAAUUCAGUUUUAUUUAUAUAGCGCUUUUCACGAUUGUUAAUUGUUUCAAAGCAGCUUUACAUUAAUAAAUGUAGAAAAAUAGCAUAGAAAAGCAAGCGUAGUAAUAAUGUAACAUAUACAGUAAAGUUUUAAGUUAAGCCAAUGGUGGCGGACUCUCCAAGGGAUGACAAAAACCCCUAGGGAAAAAACCCUCCUGGCUAGUCCAGGAGGAAAACUCCUAGGAGGAGAAAAAACCCUGACAGUGAUACAUGUAUAUUUAUAUAUAUAAAUACUAUCGGGGUUAUGUGAGUUAUCUUUUUAUUUACUUUUCAUGUGUUCACUUUAUGUUUAUUUGUUCAACAAGUGAUAUUCAUAUGUAAGCUUGAUGUUUUGUUGAGUUUGUUGACGUUUUUGGAUAAGUGUGAAUUGGCAUGUGUUUGUAGAAUUCAUAUGAGAUAUCAUAAAAUAUCCAUUUCAUUUAUAUAACAGUAGGUUGUACCUUAAUGUACCCUAGUGGUACAUUUGACAUGACUGUAGACUAAUUCUUAAUUCUUAUGGAAAAACAUUUAAUUCAGCAGCCCAAAAUCCAAAGUCUAGUCACGCUCUGUACUGUACAGUAAGAUAUAUUACUAAUAGAUAUUUUAUUUUAUUAUGAGUUGUGUAUAUACUGCAGACUAUGCAAUAGUUAAAUAAAGUGUUUUGUGAAAAUUAAACCUACACUUUCAGAAAAAAAGGUACAAAAGUUGUCACUGCGACGAUAAUAAUUUGUUACAUUUAUAUAGCACUUUUCUGCAGCACUCAAAGUGCAUUACGUAUAAAAGAAGGAUAAAUCUCAACCACCACCAAUGUGCAGCAUCCACCUGGAUGAUGUGACGGCAGCCAUAUUGCACCAGAACGCCCACCAGGCUGUGUCUCAAUCAGCUCUUAAGGUCGUGAAUCAGUAUAUCGUUACCAUGGCACUGGUAAGGACCCUAGCCUUUUUUGUGUUACAUUGUGGAAAUAAUUAGGGAAUAAACGUUCCAGUGCACUAUUUGCUAUUAAGACAGCCCUUAAAAUGGCUGACUCCCUGGUCUGUGCCCUGACUACUGAACAAGGGAGCUGAUUGAGACACAGUCUGAGUGAUAUGGGGAUGAUAAGUAGGCCAAUAGGCAAAUUUGGUCAGGAUGUUGAGGCAUACCCCUCUUUGGUUUAGCGUCUCAUCCUAAGGAUCAUUUAACAUUUGAUAGUAUAGUGUCCCCAUCACUAUACUGGGGUGUUAUGACCCACACAGACAAACGUGUCAGACCAGCAUCUUACUAACACCUCUACCAGCAGCCAGUUUUACCAUGAACCCUUUAAAGUCCUAAUAUUUACCAUUUUGGUACAGAUAUGUACCUUUAAAGUACCCGUAUGUCCAUCUAAAAUGUAUACCUUUGAGGUACAAAAGUGUACCUUUUUUUCUGGGAGUGUACUAUGAUUAUCAGGUCUAGUUUGACAUGUUUUUGUCUCGUUUAAGAAGGAACAAGUUUUUUUAUUGUACUAAUCUAUUUGCAUCUUUCCAUUCAAGUAAUAGAUUUUGACAUUUUUAAUUCACAGUGUGUUUUUAUCAGAUUUUUUGCUGUAUUUAUUUAUAUUACAGUUCUCAUGCUCAUAGUCAUUCUCACUUCACAGUUUCUGAGAAUAAAUGUGAAA